UGUCAGGGAAAAUCUCAGUCGGCCGAUACUUGGUGCCCGUGUCUCUCUUCUCUCCCGUCCGUCGAAAGCUUACCUCUAUUCAAAAGCCGGAAGUUUACCACGUGAUUUCCUUGCUUCUCAAAAGGAACGAAGUCUCGAAGGAAAGAAAGAGGGAAAAAGGAUAUUUCAGAAAGAAAAUCAAACAUAUCCUUUUUCUUUGAAAAAGCGGCACGAAGAUAUACCUAUAAAGCGAAGAAAAUCCAAGAAAAGACAGAUUGAUAAAACGGAGCGAAGAGAAAAUCCAAGAAGAAAAAGAAUUCUUCAUCUUUCUAAAGACGUGGUGGUUUCGUUCUUAAAAAAACGAAAGUUGCAAGUUCAGCGAUCAGUAACGAUCGAUUUGUUGUGGCCAGGAAUCGAUCUGGUGAUCGAUUGAGCUUCCGAGUCGCAAGAGCCAAGGCUUUUGAAUUCACUUUACGGCUAGAACCGACGAUGAAAGGUAGACCAAGGGGAUCGCUUCUGAGGCUGCUGAUUCUGAUCCUGACGACGGUGGAUCAGACGCUGGUGGUCCUGACGGCACACCACGGCGGUCAUCACCAUCGGGUCCCGCGGAGGAUCCACCUGCCGCGCGCGAUGGAGGCUACGAAGAAGUUCCUCUGCAGGGAGCCCCAGUCGAGAGCCUACAAUCUCAGGGAUCUGGUGCAGAAUCCUAGCGAGAGCGUGAAUCAGCCGGUGUACAUUGUGGUGAAGAGGUGCGACAAUCACUCGGGCUGCUGCGUCAGUCCCGAUCUCAGCUGCGGGCCGGUGCACUCGUUGAUCUACCACGAGGAUAUGGAGGUCGAGGUCUGGAGCCUGCUGACGAAUAGCACGAGGAGGGUGUGGAUCAGAAUCGAGCAGCACGACAGGUGCAGCUGCGAGAUCAGCAAUGCUAAAAACAGAACUAGGGAGGACACUCAGCCGCCUAGUGUACAGAUCCUUUGAUCCUUGAAGUAAUCUAGAUCCAGCAGCGCGGCGGAAGACAAGUGGUUCGAUAUCAGCAACUGACUGAUCAUCAUGCAUUUCGACAGACAACGCUGUGCUGCAAGAAGAACAACGUGGAGUGUCAAUUUGAAUUGAGACUGACGACAGAUUGGACUAGGAUGUAGCUCCUUAAAACUUCAAUUAAUACUCGAUUUAUCUCUGUUUACGGCUAUAUGACUACGAUAGUGAGAGAUAAGAAGCGAUAAAGUGAAAUUAACCAACAUUUUACUGUAUAUAUAUUUCAUACCGUGCAAAUUAGUUGAAUUACAAAGCUUAAUUAAGAAAUUAAGAAUUAAUAAAAACAUGACUGAAAAUACGAAGAAAGACGCUUAAUAAGUGAUUGUGAUUGUGAAGGAUUUUGUCAUGAAGAAUACAAAAAUGAAAUGCAAAAAUCAUUAUUUGGAUGAGUAAGAAAAAAGAAUGCGAAUUUUUCAAUAGGUAAAUUUAAGGAUUUAAAAAUUCGGUGUCUGGUUUUUCGAAAAAAAAAAAAAAAACCAAUUAUUCAACAGAAAGUCAACAGAAAUAUGUUUCAAAUAUAAAUAUCUUGCAGACUAUCUUUAUCUACUUCGUAGUGAUAUUUUUCAAUGUCAGCGUAAUUUAAAUCGUGCCAACUUUUUUUACACAAUUUAGUGUGAUAAAUGCAAAUGUAAGAAUCAGGAUACUCCGUGGGAUAUCCCAAAAAAGUGCAUAUAUAAUAAGUGCGAUAAUGUUAAAGCCUUCAAUAAUGUGAUCCGCGUUACAUUUCUUUCUCGUAUACUCCGAACACACAGAACAUUCUAUUGCAAGUGAUUAUACAUACGAAGUGAAGUUCUAGCGACAACUGUUAUAUCUUUACCUGUCUCAGAUUGUGAUCGUGAAUAUUUUAGAGACACUUAGGCCUUACUUUUAACUGACAUUGUGAUAAGAUCAAUUUAUAGCGAUAAUACGAGGUUUCGAAGUGAGAUGUAUGUCGGCGCUAAUCGCUUCCUGUGCUCGGAUUUGCGUUGAUUUCCAACGUGAUCUUUAUAUAAAAGUAAUAAUUCCACGAAGCUAACAGCCACGUUAAAUAUAACUUUGCUAUACAUUUGCUAUAAGUGCGAUACUGUUUGUGCGUCGAACACGGAGUUUGCAUUAGUUAAACAAAGUUCAGACGCGGCGGAAAUAACUGCCGUUUGUAUGUAAAUAGCUCAGUACAAGCGCGUGCCGCAAAAUUGUGGUAUAUUAUGAUAUACUUUAGGAUUCGAAAAUUAAAAAAAUAAGGACUUCUUUUGCACCGUAAACGAUUUUUUACGAGUUCAACUUCUGUAAGUGUAAAUAGACAAUAAUUUUUUUAGUUAUUUUAUUUUAAAUUAAUUUAUGUAUUAAAUGAGUGAAAUGAAGUGAAUGAAUCGCAACUGGCUCAGAACCGGCAUAAAGAAGGAACACUUUACAGUAUUUCGAUACCAAUUUUAAAUUUAGCGCUAUUUUAGAAAUCUAAUCGUUUAAUCGUAUUAUAAUUAAUUUAUUUAUUAAACAGAUAAUUAUUCAAAGUAGAAUAAAAUAAUAAAAGAAAAUCGCGAUCGCGAUGUAAAUCGAUCGUGUCGAAAGGGUUCAACAGUAUUCCUGUAGCAUAUAAUUAGCAACUAAUAACUCGAAUAUUAUUUAAU